AGCAGCACAAGUCUAGAAGCAAGCAACGGCUUCGCUUGGGCAAAGAGAGUUCCCUGGAAUAGCGUAAAAGCUAAGCCGCGCCCAAGACGAUCUAGUAGCUAAAUCGAGCACCUAGCAUCUUGCAAGAAGGCUUACUGAAGCUUGAGGCUGGCAUUUUUGAUGAUAAUGUCAUCAGCAACUCUAGAUCACCCUUUGAAGAUGGGUAACAAAAUUAAAAAAGGAAAUGAAAAUACAAAGGCUGACAGAAUUUCUAAUGCAACACAUAAAAAGCAUAAAGAAGACAAGCGGCAUCUUAAGUUUAAUCGGAAACGUAUUCAAAAUUUUACUGGAAAUGGUAAAUUCUGCCCACCAUAUAAGCGUAGAAAAAAGGAGAGCUUCAUUACUCCUACAAAAUUCUUGCUUGGUGGUAGUAUCAAUGAUCCGCUAAAUUUAAACAGUAUGCAAGAUGAGGAAGUAAACAGAGCAAUGAAUGCUGUCACUCCAAAAUCAAGUCCUCUACCAACUCCAAAACAUAGGAAAGAAGCUAUCGAAGUAAUUAUUCCACCAAAUCCAAGUGAUCCUUUAAAUCUCAAUAAUUUGAAUGACGAUGACUAUGAAAAAAGACUCAUGUCUCCAGUGAAAAAGAAUGGAAAAAAGAGAAAUAGAGUUAGAAACAGAAAGAAGUCAUUGGUUUCAUUAGCUGUUGAUUCAAACAAAUCAGAAGAAAUAAAAACAAAUCAAUUAAUUUCAGUUGAAGACAUUCAAGUCACACAAAAAGUUGAAGAAAAUAUUGAUAAAGAACAACCUCAGAAAUUUAAUUUAACACUACCAAAAUCUCUUUCUGAAGAAACUGAAAGACCAAAAGAAGAGCCAACUAUAAAAGAACCAAAACUGAAGUUAAAAAUCAAAUGUUUGGAUGAAAUAAAAGAUAAAAGAAUGAGGAAAUUAGAUAUUAAGGAUAAGAUUGUUAGCCCAGUAAUACCUCAACCAGGUGCAUGGAAGUCAAGACCCCAGUAUCGACCAAAUCAUCAUCAUGAUAAAAAGAAAAAACAUCAAAAGCAACCAAAUUUCAAAGAUAAAAAUGCUAAAUUUCAGUAUGGGAAUUACAAUCAAUACUAUGGAUACAGAAACCAUCAGGAAAGAGAUACAAGACUAACAGUAUUCUCUCAGAGAACAGAACUUUUUUAUCAAAAAGAUGUGUUGGAUGUUGGUUGUAAUAUAGGUCACAUUACGCUUUCAAUUGCAAGAGACUUUGGUGCAACAAGUGUUACUGGACUUGAUAUUGACAAAAAAUUAAUUGGUAUUGCAAGGAAAAACAUUAAGCAUUAUGUUAUUUGUGCUCAAUCUCCAGCACAAACUGACGAUAGAAAUCAUAAAAAUGAUACUAAUAUCUUCCCAACUUCAAUGCUAAUUAACUAUGGACCGAUAGAUAUACCUGGUUUUGAAAAUCCCAAUAAACACAAGGGUUUUCCUUAUAAUGUUACAUUUGUUCAGGGAAAUUAUGUGGUGGAUGAUGAUCUUUUAUCUACAAAUCAGAUGCAUCAGUUUGAUACCAUCUUAUGUUUAUCUGUAACAAAGUGGAUACAUUUAAACUUUGGUGAUGCUGGACUAAAAAGAUGUUUUAAGAGAAUGUACGCACAACUAAAACCAGGUGGAGUUUUGGUUCUUGAACCUCAAAAUUGGAGUAGUUACACAAAAAAGAAAACGUUAACUGAAAAAAUUUACAAAAACUUUCAUGCUAUUAAGUUGAAGCCGCCAAUGUUUACGAAGUACUUGUUGUCAGACGUUGGUUUCCUGACAUGUGAGGUGGUUUCAGUGCCGCCUCAUCCAUCGAAAGGUUUCCGGAGACCAAUUUACCUUUACACAAAAUCCUACGUGAUAUUAAGCCCAGAGUCACCACUGCCAACAUUGUCAGAAUUAGGUGCCUCAGUGAAAUCAACAGACCAAGAGAUGGAAAAUUCAGGCGUCGUAAAGCCAUUUAUUAAGUUAAAAAGGAAGGGACAGGAAUUCUCACCUCUGUCACCAACAUACAUUCCUGUGUUUCCCGUGGAGUCGAAGUUCAUAAGUGAGCAUCUCGAUAAUGAUCAAAAUUCGAAGAUUGACUCGGAAGACAGAAGAUUGUCCGAAGAAUCUCAAGAACAAGAAGACAAUGAGGCAAGUCAAACUCCCAAACCACAAGAAGAUAAAACAUGAGCUACUUGAAGAUAAUGACAGCGGAGUCUACGAUACCACCAAGCCUCGUUUUCACAAGAGUCAUAAUAAUUAUAUAGUCUUUCAAAGAGUCGCGUGUAAAUGAGCAUUUCUUUUUACUUCGAAAAGAAAGACUAAUUUGGAUAUGUAAUUUGUAAAAAAAUAAGUAUACAUAGUACAGUUAAGAGACUUUAAAGGGUAAAGUAAUCAACCGUAAGAGAGAAUUUCUAUGAUUCCUGGCGACACGUUAAAGCGUUUUUGAAGGUAGCGAAGUCUCGGAAAUGGUUUCGCUUUUCGAGGCGCACUUUUUUCAUGUUCAAUAAAAAAGAAAAAGUUAUAGUAAGUAAUAAAUAGUUAACAGUGUAAAUGAUAAUAAAAAGAACAACAUGCGAUUUGUUCAUAAUGUAACUUCGGUGGACUGGUUAUUUCAUCACUUAACGCAUCACUUUUCUUUUUUCAUUUCGUAUCCAUUGCUUUAUUUUGCAAGAAUUGAAACAUUCCUUGUGGAUAAUAUUCUGUUUUACCAACUACUACUCUAUUCUUUAUUAUAAUUUCCUUUUAUAAUUCAUGAAAUAUUAGUGCAUCGUUUGAGUUGUAACGUGUGUGAAAAGUUUAUGCGUCUCUGCGACGGUGGAGUUUUCUUUAUUUUUUCAUUUCGUUUUCAAUGAGCUACCUGCGUUGACCUGCAACAGCUUGUACUUCUACAUCUGAAGAUGGGUGCGUCGGUGGAAAGAACAGGAUUGAGCGAUAUAUACUUCGAGGUACUCGUAGCUAAGUGAUUCUUUAUACCUGAAUAAAAUUCUUAAUUUGAGAUUAAAUGUAUGCAAGUAAAUAUGAAUUAUACACAUCUCAUCAGCAUGAAUAGUCAUUGUUGUGUAGACAUCAAUCGAUAAAAUUAAUACAUUAAUAAAUUAUUAAAUUAAGUCGAUAAUAAUGAAGUGUACAAAUUUGUUUACCUUUAGUAAAAUACCACACAUUCCUGUUCUUUAUUUCUCCAGAAAAAUGAGCGAUGAAGAACGCGGACGAAAUUGUACUGCUUUAGUCUGUUUAUGACUAACAAAAGUAUUAUGUUAAUUUUCAAGGCUAGUAUCAAUAUGCUUACAUCACUAAUAAAACGAGGCGCCAGCGCCUCUUAUUCAAGUACAUAAUUGAUUCUUUUUCAUCUUUGUAGCAAAGUCACCCUAAUGUCUUUGAUAAUAAUUUCAUUUUGAUUGUUCAAAAUAUUGAAUAUUUUUGUCAGUGAAUGUACUCUUGACUUAUAUUUUUAAGAGUAUUACGCUAUGAUUUCACAAAUACAAAGUAUUGGUAUCUAUAACAUAAUAAAUACCCCAAUUUUUGUUUG